AUGCUCGACCUGCACUCGGACAGCUGGUCGCAGUCCUCUCAGAACGGUUUCACCAGCGUCCUGCACCGUCCCACGUCAUCAUACGCCGAGCCGACUCUCCAGAUGCAGACCGACGAUUGCGAUGGUGAGACCUUGGCUGCCCGCUAUCAAAUGCUCGAAGAGCUGGGAAGUGGCUCCUUUGGUGUCGUCUACAAAGCCAUCGAGCGGUCUACCGGCGAGAUCGUGGCUGUCAAACAUGUUGACCUCGAAUCCUCCGAAGAAGACCUCUCCGAUAUCCUGUCCGAGUUAUCAGUUCUGUCGUCAUGUGCAUCGUCACAUGUGACGAAAUAUAAGCUGGCCUUCCUUCGACGGCAGACACUCUGGAUUGUCAUGGAAUAUUUGGGCGGCGGAUCUUGUGCGGAUCUGUUGAAGCCUCCGCCUCAUUGCAUACCCGAGACACACAUCGCUAUCAUCUGCCGCGAGUUACUUAUCGGUCUGGACUACCUACACCGUGAGGGCAAGCUACAUCGGGACAUCAAAGCAGCGAACGUCCUCCUGGGUCGAGACGGUCGCGUUAAGCUAGCCGACUUCGGUGUGGCCGCUCAAUUGGUCGGCCUCAAGAGCUUGCGCAAUACUUUUGUUGGCACACCGUUCUGGAUGGCUCCUGAAGUGAUUCAGCAAGAGGGUCACGACUCCAAAGCCGACAUCUGGUCGUUGGGAAUCACCGCAAUGGAGCUGGCGAAUGGCGAGCCCCCACAUGCUCACGUUCACCCUAUGAAAGUUCUGUUCCAGAUUCCCAAGCAAAGUGCACCACGACUGGAGGGUCCUACUUGGUCCAAAGAGUUCCGAGACUUUGUUGCGCAGUGUUUGACAAAGGAUCCCGAUCGACGGGUCAGCGCAAAAGAGUUGCUCAGGCACAAGUUUAUCAAAAAUGCGGGAAAGGUGGAAGCUCUCCAGGAGCUGAUCCUCAAGAAACAGGAGUGGGAUUCUAACAAGGGCGCCGAGAAGAAUCUCAAAUACUAUGCCGAGACGCUUCGAACUCUCGAAGUUGAUGGAAACGAUGAUGACUGGGUCUUCGACACAAUCAAAGCAGCUCCAGCGCCAAACAUGGGCACGUCAAGGAGAACGAAAGCUGAAAGGACGAGCAUUGAUCCCUUUGAGGACGAGCUCUCGCAAAACAUGUCUAGGAUGAGCCUCGAAAGGCUACAGACAGGCACCAUGAGAAGGGUUGCCGAGACGGAGAAGCAUGAGGAAGAGAAGCCCAAAUCGCCUGGCUAUCAGCAGAACACGAAGAAAAGACUAUCCAGCAUCCAGCCAAGGAAUCCAUUGGGAGUCAACAUGUCGUUCGGUAACAGUCCCAGUACUGUAAGGCAAUUCAAGCGGACUUCAUCAUAUGGAGAAUCACAGAAUUCCACUGCAGAAGUUCAGGAAGAAAAUAAGGAGCUGGAUACCGGAAGUGUGAUACACACGCCACAGAAGUCGAAGCCACAGCUACAACAGCUGCAAGUCGUCUCGAACCCUUUCAUGAACGAUAGUGAGAUGAUGCCGCCGCCGCCAACUCCUUCGCCGUCCAAGCGUUCAUUGCAGCCGCUUCAGCCCGUUGCAUCCUCGUCACCAACGAAGAACUCACGAUUCUCCACAGCUUCUACAUUAGCUGAGGCGACUCGGAAGAGCUCAACGUCAUCUACAGCCUCCGACUCGUCGAAGGAGGCAAUCCUGGGCCGCCGGCUGUAUAGCAAAGCCAUCGGCAUUUCCUGCCAGGAGGUUCUUGACAAUACUGCAGAUGCGAGCCGAAGAGAAGCAGUGGCCAAGCUGGCCGAGUCCUUCAGCGAUCUCGAGUCUGCCGAUCCGGAAGGCAUGUACGCGAUCAUGUCGGCCAUAUUUUCACGUGUGAAAGAGGACAAGAAGAUGAUGACCUUGAUCCCGCCGUUAGCAGCGAUGAGCCAGGCGCCAAGCCUCCUUGCAAGUCGAGUCUCCAGUGUUGCAAGCACAGCGUCCACGACGUCAACGAGUCCAAAGAAAGAGCCAUUCAGAGGACCAGGGAGCCGCCUUAGCACUCCUCUCGCAAGUCCAACAAAGCCAUCGAGCUCUAAGUUAGUCAUGGCGCAGAACAACCCUCACUUGCAGAGUCACCACCGACGACAAUCAACACAAUCGCAUAUCAAGACCUCGACUCCGUCAACACCCACUUCGCCAGCCCCCUCUCGGUCACCAUCAAAGGGCGUUGCCCCUUCGCCAUCGAGGUCCCCCUCAAAAGUCUCCGCGCUCAGCAAGGAGGAAGUGCUCAAGCGAAGAGGCAGCCGUUUAGAGAGCCCCACCAAAGCCAGAGCAGACGAUGCAGCAGAGCGCGCCCGGAAAGAACGCGAAGCUCGCACGCAGGCCGAGAUCGAUGCCAUCAAAGUCGGCGGGCAAUUGGACCACACCAAGCUUUUGGCUGAAGGCAUGUUCUCGAGAUGGUGCGAAGGCGUUGCUGUAAGAUGGGCUGGUGUGCAAUAA